UUCUUAAAUUAAUCUUAACACUGAAUUAUACGGGAAGACGAAUGAAAUGGCUUAUCGUCCUAAUGAUUAUGAAUGUGGCUAUGAUGAAUCGAGAUUUAAGACUGCUGUUGAUGAAAAUUUUCGCUGUGCAAUUUGUCUCAACGUCGUUAAAGACGCAAGAAUGUGUAAGCAUAACGAACACAUCUUUUGUCGUUCUUGUAUUAAAGAACAUCUACGAGUUAAUGCACAAAGAUGUCCUCAAUGUCAAAAUAAUUUGACGGUAGCUACACUUCUUCCAGCGCGUAUUAUAAAUAAUAUGAUUUCAAAGUUAGAGAUCAACUGCGACUACGCCAUUCGUGGUUGCAAAGAAUUUACAAACGUUGAAGAUCUUGAACGACAUGUUCAAAAUUGUGGCUUUGCUCCAGUGUUGUGUUCUAAUGAACGUUGUGGUAAGGAGAUAAACAAACGAGACAAAAUUAAACAUGAAACUGAGUUAUGUGAACACAGAAAAAUUCCUUCUCACGAUUUUGCGGAGAUAAAAGAAAUGUUUCAACAAAAUCUUUCUACAGUGACCAAAGAAAUGAAGGAAUCAAGGAAAGAAAUAAAAGAUGUUCAACAAAAUCUUUCUACAGUGACCAAAGAAAUGAUGGAAUCAAGGAAAGAAAUAAAAGAUGUUCAACAAAAUCUUUCUACAGUGACCAAAAAAAUGAUGGAAUCAAGGAAAGAAAUAAGAAAUAUUCAACAAAAUCUUUCUACAGUGACCAAAGAAAUGAAAGAAAUGAAAGUCAUGAUGUUUCAAAUAUUGGGAAAGAUGACUAAAAAUGAACAUGUGAAAACAUUGCCAUCGUCAAUUGAGGGAAUGAUGAACUCAGGAAAAGAAGAUAUUUUGAUUGCUGGAGGUUACCCAUUUGGUUCCUUCAAGAGUGCUGAAAUAUUUUCAUGGAUGGAGAAGAAUUGGUUUAAGAUUGCAUCAAUGGAAAGUGGACACAAGAAUGCUUCAUCAUUUAUUUAUAAUGAUAAUUUAUUGGUUGUUGGAGGAUGGGGCAGCAAGUCAAUGGAGACAUUGAAUAUAAAACAGUCACCUUUAACAUGGAGCAAAUUUCCCACACAGCUUCCUUAUGAAUGUUGGGGUCAUCGAACUGUUGUUUAUAAACAAAAAAUCCUUUCCAUUGGAGGAAACAUUGUUGGCCAAAGAAAAUCAGAUUUGAUCAGUGAAAUAAAGAUUACUGGUACAACAUCUUAUGUUUUAGAAGAGUUGUGUCUUAUGCCUGAACCACGUAUUUGGCAUGAAGCUGUUGUUGUUGAUGAUAAAGUUCUUAUUUUUGGAGGACUGGGAAAAGGUAACAAAGUUUUAUCCAGUGUUUUGGAAUUUGAUCCAAGGACUCUUACAUUUAAGGAAAUGCCUCCAUUACCUUGUCCAUUGUUUAACAUGGCAACAGUUCCAUGGAGAGAUCAAGUUGUUCUUCUUGGAGGUUAUGAUAGAGAAAAAACAUUUAACAGCGUUAGAAUGUAUGACUGUAAUACAGGUGAGAUUACAGUCUUACCAUCCAUGUUGGAAAAGAGAAGUUGUUGUUGUGCAGUUAUAACAGGUGAUACAAUUGUUGUCAUGGGAGAUAUAAAUAAUUAA